AUAUAUAUAUAUAUAUAUAAUGCUCUUAUGACUUGUUAAAGUAGUCAUCAUUUAUUGUUGGUAUUUUUGUACUUAGCCUCACCACUACUUAUCAUCACCAAAACAAGAGAACAUAGGAAAAAAAACUAUAUAUACCAUUGAGCAUACCCCAUUUAUUGUUGAGAGCAAAGAUGAAAAUGGUUGCUAGUAAAGAGGUUCAACUUGUCCAACCAGAUGUUGUUGUGUUGGAGAUUGAUCAUUUGCAAAACCAACUCACAGAGAAGGUUAAUGAACUUGCAACUUGCCAGGGUGAAAUCAAAUCCUUAAGGGCAACUGAAGCUCAGAAAGAUAAGGCCAUAGAAGAGCUGAGAAAUGAAGUUAGUAAACUUGAUGAGAGAGUAAGACAUAGUGAGGAUCAUCUUAAACACAAGAAUCUAGAAAUCAAGAAACUGACAGAUGAAAAGAAAGACGCGUUGGCCGCGCAAUAUGCAGCAGAAGCAGCUCUUAGAAGAUUACACACAGAUGAAAAGGAAGAUGAUUUUUAUCCAUUCGAAAGUGUAAUCACUCCUCUUGAGGCUGAGAUUAAGAUGUAUAGGAAUGAGAUUACAGCAUUACAAGAAGAUAAAAAAGCGUUGGAGCGAAUCACAAAGUCGAAAGAGUCAGCAUUGCUUGAAGCAGAGAGGAUUUUAAGAAGUGCAUUAGAGAGAGCUUUGAUAGUUGAAGAAGUUCAGAAUGAAAACUUUGACUUGAAGAGACAGAUUGAGAUCUGCCAGGAGGAGAACAAAAUCUUAGAGAAAAGUCACCGACAAAAGAUUAUAGAAGUUGAAAAACUUAGCCAAACAAUCCAUGAACUUGAGGAGCUUAUCUUAUCUAAUGGAGCCAACGCAAAUGUCAUUCGCGAUUAUGAGCGACAGGUUAAUGAGUUGCAAGAGGAGAAGAGGACACUGGAGAGGGAACUAGCAAGGGUAAAAGUUUCCGCCAACAGAAUUGCAACUGCUGUGGCUAAUGAAUGGAAAGAUGAAAAUGAUAAGGUCAUGCCUGUUAGGCAAUGGCUCGAAGAGAGACGGAUUAUGCAGGCCGAGAUGCAAAGGUUGAAAGAAAAGCUAGCUAUAUCAGAGAGAACAGCAAAAGCAGAAUCACAAUUGAAGGAUAAACUGAAGCUGAGGCUAAAAACACUAGAAGAAGGCUUAAAGAAAUUCCCAUUCAAUUCCAAUGUAUUUUCAGGAACUCCAACAGCCGAUAAAUCGAAUAUCUUAAGUUUUGUAACGAACAAUAGCGGACUCAGAAACAGGUCCACAUCACAACCAAGAGGUUCUACUGUUGGAAGCACCUUGUUCCAAAAGAAAAACAUAAAAGGAAACAUAGAUGGUAUUGCUGGGAACCGAAAACCGGGUAGCAUUACAAAAAUGAAAUAUAGUUCUACAGACAAUGUGUUGAAAAAAGGUAUAUGGGCAUCAAGAAACAAAUUUUCUGAUAGUGGUGAAAAAGAAAAUGAGAUGCAGGUUAUCACAGGCAUGAACUUGAAUAAAUUUGAUGGUGAAAGAGAAGCAGGAAAUGUUAAAACCAGUGUUGAUGUUGAUGAAGAUUCUAAAAGUAAUAACUGUAAUGAUUUUGGUAGCAAUGAUGUGGUCUCGGGUUUUCUAUAUGAUAAGCUUCAAAAAGAGGUCAUCAAUUUGAGGAAGUCCUGUGAAACAAAAGACAGUAGUCUUUCCACUAAAGAUGACGAAAUAAAGAUGCUCACAAAGAAAGUUGAUGCACUGACAAAGGCUAUGGAAAUAGAGUGGAAGAAAAUGAAAAGAGAAGCAGCUGCUAGAGAGAAGGAGAUUGCAUCAACAAAAUCAGAUGAUAAGAGGAAAAGCAGAAAUUCAAACUUCUCUAAAAGGGUGAUGAAAGAACAUUGAAGAUUGGUUAUGUAGAGAAAUAUUGGAGGCAAUUUAUUUAUCAAAUAUCAAUGCAUCUUGAAUUUUUUUUCUGUCUAUAAAAACAAUACAUACCUUAGUGUGGCAGUGUGUUCAAAUAAAGUUCCACUUCAGUAAAGAGUCUGAGAUCCAACCUUGUACAUACAUAAGUAUUGUAUGUCUUCCUCUAUAUUUCUUUUAUGAUGUCGCGUGUAUUCUGUGAUUG